AUGAGGACUUAGUCUGUUACACAACUGACUGCUGUGUUGAGUGAGGGGGCUGCACUCUCCCUUCGGCCUCAGACUCUGCUGCUCCCAGGCGCCUCUGCUCCUGUGUAGGCCUCCCCACCAGCCGGCAUGAGCGGGGACCAGCUGCACAACGACUCCCAGAUCGAGGCGGAUUUCCGAGCGAACGAUUCUCACAAACACAAAGAUAAACACAAAGAUCGAGAACACCGGCACAAAGAGCACAAGAAAGACAAGGAAAAAGACCGGGAAAAGUCUAAGCACAGCAAUAGUGAGCACAAAGAUUCCUCGGAGAAGAAACACAAAGAGAAAGAGAAAACCAAACACAAAGAUGGCAGCUCAGAGAAACACAAAGACAAACACAAAGAUAGAGACAAGGAGAAACGAAAGGAAGAAAAGAGCAAAUCUUCUGGUGAUGUAAAAAUAAAGAAGGAAAAGGAAAAUGGUUUCUCCAGUCCGCCGCGUAUUAAAGCUGAACCUGAUGAGGAUGGCUAUUAUGCAUCUCCCAAGGAGGACUCCAAACCCCUAAAGAGACCUCGGGAGGAGGACGAUGAAGAUUAUAAACCCAAAAAAAUCAAAACAGAAGAUAUCAAGAAAUCAAAGAAGAGGAAACAGGAGGAGGAAGAGGACAACAAAUCCAAGAAAACUAAGAGCAAAGAUAAGAGAGCCCCUGAAGGAGACAACAAGAAAAAGAAGCAGAAGAAAGAGGAAGAGCAAAAGUGGAAAUGGUGGGAGGAAGAGCGCUACCCUGAAGGCAUUAAAUGGAAAUUCCUAGAGCACAAAGGUCCUGUGUUUGCUCCGCCAUAUGAACCCCUGCCUGAAAAUGUCAAGUUCUACUAUGAUGGUAAAGUAAUGAAGCUGAGUCCCAAAGCAGAAGAAGUUGCUACAUUCUUUGCAAAAAUGCUUGAUCAUGAGUACACUACAAAGGAUAUCUUCAGGAAAAACUUUUUUAAAGACUGGCGAAAGGAAAUGACUUCAGAAGAAAAGAGUACCAUCACCAACCUCAGCAAGUGUGACUUCACACAGAUGAGCCAGUAUUUCAAAGCUCAGUCAGAAGCUAGGAAACAGAUGUCCAAGGAAGAGAAACAGAAAAUCAAAGAGGAGAAUGAGCGGUUACUAAAAGAAUAUGGCUUUUGUAUCAUGGAUAACCACAAGGAGAGGAUCGCCAACUUCAAGAUUGAACCCCCGGGCCUCUUCAGAGGGCGUGGCAACCAUCCCAAAAUGGGCAUGCUGAAGAGACGGAUCAUGCCAGAAGACAUCAUCAUUAAUUGCAGCAAGGAUUCCAAAGUUCCCCCACCUCCUCCAGGUCACAAAUGGAAGGAGGUCCGGCAUGAUAACAAGGUGACCUGGUUGGUGUCAUGGACUGAAAACAUCCAAGGAUCUAUUAAAUACAUCAUGUUGAACCCCAGCUCUAGAAUCAAGGGUGAGAAGGACUGGCAGAAAUAUGAGACAGCUCGGAGGUUAAAGAAGUGUGUGGAUAAGAUACGGAAUCAAUAUCGAGAAGACUGGAAGUCCAAAGAGAUGAAAGUGCGACAGAGAGCUGUGGCACUGUACUUCAUUGAUAAACUUGCCCUGAGAGCUGGUAAUGAGAAGGAAGAAGGGGAGACAGCGGACACCGUUGGCUGUUGCUCCCUCCGAGUGGAACACAUUAAUUUGCAUCCGGAGUUGGAUGGCCAGGAAUACAUGGUUGAAUUUGACUUCCUCGGUAAAGACUCCAUUCGAUACUACAACAAAGUCCCCGUUGAGAAGAGGGUUUUUAAGAAUCUUCAGCUGUUCAUGGAGAACAAGCAGCCUGAGGAUGACCUCUUUGACAGACUCAAUACCAGUAUCUUAAAUAAACAUCUUCAAGAUCUCAUGGAGGGCCUGACAGCCAAGGUAUUCCGUACUUACAAUGCCUCCAUCACGCUACAGCAGCAGCUAAAAGAACUCACUACCCCGGAUGAUAACAUCCCAGCAAAGAUCCUUUCCUAUAACCGUGCCAAUAGAGCUGUUGCUAUUCUGUGUAACCACCAGAGGGCGCCACCAAAGACUUUUGAGAAAUCCAUGAUGAAUCUACAAACCAAGAUCGAUGCCAAGAAGGACCAGUUAGCCGAUGCCAGGAGAGAACUGAAAAGCGCCAAAGCCGAUGCCAAGGUCCGGAGGGAUGAAAAGUCCAAAAAGACAGUAGAGAGCAAGAAAAAAGCCGUGCAGAGGAUUGAGGAGCAGCUGAUGAAGCUGGAGGUUCAGGCCACAGACAGAGAGGAGAACAAGCAAAUUGCCUUGGGCACCUCCAAACUCAACUACCUGGAUCCCAGGAUCUCAGUUGCCUGGUGUAAGAAGUGGGGAAUUCCUGUAGAGAAGAUUUAUAACAAAACCCAACGAGAGAAAUUUGCCUGGGCAAUUGACAUGGCAGAGGACGAUUAUGAGUUUUAA